ACGUGCAUCACUUUCGAGCUGAACGGGAGGGAUUUUUGUAGUAUUUAGCGAGUGGCUAACACGUUAGCGCGACAGAGAUAUCUUAUCUACAAAUAACUCGCUCUUUGAGAGAAAAACAAGUCGACACUGAGGAUGGAUUUAGAAGAUGACACCACCGUUUUAACGACCCUGAAGUCCUUCAAUUCCUUCAUCAGCCGCCCUGAACAUCCUCAGCGGCUGUCAGAGCACUCAGCAGGGAGUGGAAACCUGCAGAGCCAAUACAAACGCAGCAUGGAGCUUUUGGAAGCAGCAGAGAGGGUGCACUCCAAGAAUCGCUACCUACAGUUGGACCAGGAAAAGAAACAGAUGGAGCUGAGUCACAAACGGGCUCGUUUUGAACUGGAAAAGGCAGCUUCAGACAGUGCACGAGACUUGGAGCAUGAGGUGGAUCGGAACCAGGAACUUUUGGGGCGAAUAAAAAAGUUGGAGGAGAGAGAGACAGAGGCGACUAAGAACCUGUCAGAGCAAGUGGAAGCAAAUCGUGCUCUCCGUAAGAAUCUGGAGGGUCUAAACAAGAUACUGGAAGAACGAGAUGAUAAGCUUAAUACAGCUAACCAGACCAUCAGUUCUUUGAAGGAUGAGAUCAGAGAGCUCAAGCAGCAGAUUCAAAACCAAGACUCAAAAAUUUCUGCUCAAACACUCGAAAACCAGGAGUUACAGGAACAGCUAGAUUUACAACGCAGGAAGUAUCAAGAAGUCUCUCAGCUUUGCCAAAGUGUCCAAGCUGCACAGUCCUCAUGCUCCGAGCACAUAAUCAAGAUUAAGGAGUUGGAAAGGCGCCUUGCAUUCCAGGAGCAGGACAUUGCCAUUGUGAAGACUGUAAAAUCAGAGGUGGCCAAAGUUCCAGAUCUGGAAAAGGAGCUGAAGCGCCUCAGAGACGAUAAUGCCUAUCUCAGGGAGAGCAGAGAAAAUUGCAGCCUGUUGAAAGAGGAGGUGGAGGGACUGCGGAGGAAGCUGGAGAGGAUGGAGAAAACCAAAGAAGAGCUGGUCAAUAUGGAACUGGAAAAGGAGCGGCUCACUGAGAAGCUCCAUGCCUGGGAGAACCUUGGUCAAUCUACUGGACUCAACAUAAGGAAACCCGAGGAUCUGUCCAGGGAGGUGAUUCAGAUCCAGCAGAGAGAAAUUGCUCUGAAAGAGCAGAACUACACACUCAACAGCCGUGUGAGGAGUGUGGAGCGUUCACAGUCUGAGGUUCGUGCAGAGCUGACCCAGCAGCGCAGCAAGACUCUGGAGGAGCAGAAGAAAAGAGAGGCGCAGGAUGCUCUCGUCCGUCGACUGCAGAAGCGAGUGCUGUUGUUAACCAAGGAGCGUGAUGGAAUGCGUGCCAUACUAGAGUCCUAUGACAGCGAGCUGGCUCCUACUGAGUACUCUCCUCAACUCAGCAAACGACUCAGGGAGGCUGAGGACAUACUGCAGAAGACGCAGAACCAUAAUGCAGAGAUGGAGGCCCAGCUGACCAAAGCACAGGAGGAGACAGGGACACUCAAACUGCAGCUACAGACAGUAAUGUUAGAAAUAGAUUCUUUAAAGAAGCAGCAGGCCUCUGCUGCUGACAGCAACUCUUUACUGACCAAAGAAGAGGUCACCAUACUCAGACAGAAAAUUGAAGAUUUAGAGACAGAGCGUCAGCGUUUAGAGGAGCAGAAUAACAUUCUGGAGAUGAGACUGGAGAGACACAACCUACAGGGAGACUACGAUCCAGUCAAAACCCGUGUGCUCCACCUCAAAAUGAACCCCACCGCUAUUGCCAAACAAGAGCGCCAGCAGGAAGUGGAGGCUCUUCGGGAAGAAGUGACACGACUCAGGGAUCUUGUGCGCUCUUUGCAGAGUGGAGGCACUGUGGGACAUUCCCAAGAUGACACGCACAACCCCAGUUUCAGCCUUAGUUUGCCUCCAUCAAAGGAAGUGUUGGAUUUGCGUAAGCAGAUGGAGAGCUCAGAGCUGAGGAACCAGAGACUCAAAGAGGUUUUCCAGAAAAAAAUACAGGAGUUUCGCACAGUCUGCUACGUCCUGACCGGCUACCAGAUAGAUAUAACCACUGAGAACCAAUACCGGCUCACCUCUGUCUACGCAGAGCACAUGGAUGACUCCUUGCUCUUCAAAAAGGGCUCCAAUGGAAGCAUGCAGCUCAUGGAAACCGAGUUCUCCAAAACUCUGGGAGAGAUGGUGGCUCUUCAUCUGCAUCACCAGAAGAGCAUUCCAGCAUUCCUCUCCGCUGUGACCCUCGACCUCUUCAGCCGGCAGACCACAAUCUGAUAAGAACGUCACACCAUCUCAGUAACGGGUGUAAGAUUGUAGAUUUUUAGUUUGAUUUUCCCCUUUCUGUACCCCAUCACCUCCACCCCACCUCAUGAAAUAUUCAUAAAUUGUUCAGGUUGUCCCAAUAUGUUUGAGCAGCUCUGUCGUAUGAACAGAGCAGCGAGUGCUGCUUUGUGGAGGAUGAGCAUCUUGUGCUUCCAGCUUUCACUGAAAAGCAGCUCGGUGCACCUAUUUGUACACUGAAUAUUGCAUCAAUAAAGCCUUGAGGAAACCUUUUUUUUUUUCUUUCAUAUCAGAACAAAGUCAUCAUGAAAAUGACACAUAAAAGUUGCUUGUAUUUGAAUUUGGAGCUUUUUUUUUAAAAUGGUGGAUGAUGGAAACUAACUCCCCCCAGGUUUAUGCACUGUGUGGAGAAAAAAGAAGUGUUUGUGAGCUUCUCUGUAUCUUUAUUCUGCUGUUUGCAUCCUCUCUCUAGGGGCCUUAUAUAAAGAUUUUUUUUUUUAUUUUUUAUUAUAGCUGUCGUAGUUCCAGCCUGUCCAAGCCUGUGUUAAAGGAAUCACUGCAACUUGUUUAGUUCAGUUUGUAAAUCAGAUUUGUUUUUUUUUGUUUUUUUGCUCACCAGAUUUAAACGUUCAAAAUCAGGUGACAGUGCGGCGUAAUCAUACGGGGAAUAUAUGUGUGUUUCCACUGUCAGCGGGACCGCUAAGCUUGACUGGCACUGAAGAAGUAACUGUGUGCAGUCGGUUUAGAUGUAAUAGAUGGGAAAAAAUCAUGGAUAAGGGUAAUUUAAAAAUUUGUGUCACCUAUCAGCUUGUCACCCAGGAGAGACGGUGCUGGUGUGAAUGAAAAGCAGUGUUAUACAGUGUAAUGUUAGUUUAAGGAGCGCAUAUGUGGGUUCUCUCUGAAUUUCAAUUGAGAAAUUAUGUAUUUGCCCUCUCUCACAGUUAUUUUUGUCCUCUGUAAUGGCUUUACAGAAAAAAAAAUACAGUCAUUGGUGUGCUGUGUGUGGGAUAACACCCGUGCAAAACAGCAGGGAAGCUUCAGGUGUCUGAGGUCUAUACAUUAAUAAUGCUUUUAACACAGAGAUAUGAGAUUGAUUUUUAAUGAAAUGUGAUUUAAUCCUUUUAUGACUUCAGUUAAUGAUCGUAUGUUUGUGCAAAUAUGAACACAACACGAGUGGAAUUUCUUGGUACCAAUAAAGUGAAAUGGCAGAAAUAAACAGGCUGAGGAGGGAAACGAGGGAGCCGUCCAAUAAAACUGAGAAACAAAAGGAAGUGAACUGAGGAUAAAGCCACUUAUCACAGCAACAAUAUAAGGACUCCAGCUGGUGCAGCCAUAUGUCUCCUGAGAAAACAUAUUCUGUACAGUACAUGCCACAUACUGUCCUUGUUUUGUUUUGUUUUUUACACACACACUCAUUUUCACAGCACAGCACAUCUCCCGCGCGCCCCGGCGCUCUGAUGAGGUCAUAUUUUUUGUCAUUUUUGUUUUA